GCCUCCCUGAUGUAUAUAUGCAGGUAGUGAGAUUUGAAACGGCCCUUUGAGAUGGUAAUAUAAUAAAACUCUGACUAGGGGAGCAGCGUUUCUCCUCAUUUGUCAACUCUCUUGUGGGAAUGAGUUGCCAACCUUUUACUUCGGCUGAUACCUUUAUACCUCUGAAUUCUGAGUCUUCUGCAACUCUGCCUCUGAUAAUGCACCACAGCGCUGCCGAGUGCCUACCAGUCUCCAACCAUGCCACCAACGUGAUGUCCACAGCAACAGGACUUCAUUAUUCUGUUCCUUCCUGUCAUUAUGGGAACCAGUCAUCAACCUAUGGAGUGAUGGCAGGCAGCUUAACCCCUUGUCUUUAUAAGUUUCCCGACCAUGCCUUGAGUCAUGGCUUUCCCCCCAUGCACCAGCCUCUCCUGCCGGAGGACCCCACAGCCGCUGAUUUCAAGCAGGAGCUCAGGCGGAAAAGCAAGUUGGUGGAAGAACCAAUAGACAUGGAUUCUCCGGAAAUCCGGGAACUUGAAAAGUUUGCCAAUGAAUUUAAAGUGAGAAGAAUUAAGUUAGGCUACACCCAAACGAAUGUUGGGGAAGCCCUGGCAGCCGUGCAUGGCUCUGAGUUCAGUCAAACAACUAUCUGCCGAUUCGAAAACCUGCAGCUCAGCUUCAAAAAUGCGUGCAAACUAAAAGCAAUAUUAUCCAAGUGGCUGGAGGAAGCUGAGCAAGUAGGAGCUUUAUACAAUGAGAAAGUAGGAGCAAAUGAAAGGAAAAGGAAACGGAGAACAACUAUCAGUAUUGCUGCUAAAGACGCUCUAGAGAGACAUUUUGGAGAACAGAAUAAACCUUCCUCUCAAGAGAUCCUGCGGAUGGCUGAAGAACUGAAUCUGGAGAAAGAAGUAGUGAGGGUUUGGUUUUGCAACCGAAGGCAAAGAGAAAAACGGGUGAAAACAAGUCUGAAUCAGAGUUUAUUUACUAUUUCUAAGGAGCAUCUUGAAUGCAGAUAA